CUAAAAGAAUGAAGUAUUUAUUACAUGGUAAUUUGUAAAAUUUUCCUUAGCCUGAUUGUGCAGGCCGAUCAUCGUCUUUCUGUGGAUCACUGGACUUCAGAGAAUUGUUUCUUCCUCAACAAUCUGAAUCAUUUCCUCUUCCAUGGUUUAGAUUUCAGUUAUUGUGUGGAGAGUGGAGACUGAUCGGUACGUACAGAAGAUACUCUGGAAUUGAAGAACAUGUCUAGCCUGAUUGAAGGUCUUCCUCACGACGUUGCCCUUAGAUGCCUCGCUUUUGUUCCAUUUUACCUCCACCCCACGUUGGAGCUCGUUUGCCGGUCUUGGAGAGAUGUCAUUUGUAGUGGCGAAAUUUACAGAGUUCGAUGGGAGUGUGGUACAGUUGAGGAUUUGCUAUUUGUAUGCUGUCAUGAUGAAGAAAAUAAAUGGCAGUUUUAUGACCCAAUUGAAGACUUUUGGGUCACACUUCCUGAACUUCCAGGGGGAAGAAAGCAUUAUUUUGGUGUUGUCUCCACUUAUCAAAAGCUGUUUAUUCUUGGUGGUCUCUUGAUAAAUACUAUUGAUCCAUCAAUUGAUGAAGAUUUCUCAUGCACCGAGGUAUGGUCCUUCAACCCUAUGACUCGAAAAUGGAAGCAACAAGCACCAAUGCACGAGUCACGUGCAUUGUUUGCUUGUGGCGUUUUGGAUGGAAAGAUCAUUGUGGCAGGUGGGAUGAAUAGAAAAUUUGAAUCAACUUCUAAGGCAGAAAUGUAUGACCCUGUGAAGGAUGUUUGGAUUGAAUUACCUGAUCUGCCUCAAUCCUGUGAUUCAGGCAUUUGUAUGGGAGUAGUAGUUGGAAGAAAAUUGCAUUUCAUAUACAAGGGAUUGCCCAUAGUUCAAACAUUUGACAGUGUGGAGUGGAGGUGGACAGUUGAGGAUUACAAUUGGUUUUCCCACAUCUGGUUGAUGACUGCUGAUCGAGAUGUAAUCUACAUUAUGAGCCAAGGAUAUAUCUUCAUGCAGGUUGGACAAAACAGCAAAGUUGUUAUUUCAGCAGAUCAGUUUAAUCUCAAUGAUGGGAUGGGGAUGAUUUGUUUUAGGGGCGAACUGUAUGUGAUUGGAGGAACACUUUACACCGACCGCGAUUACGAAUAUCUUUCUGACGUGCAUGUUCUUACACUGUGCAGCAACCUGAGGACAUGUUGGGUUAAUACUGCUCCAAUGAGUCGAGGAUAUGGAACUGUUCUUGGUUGUGCAGCGUUGAGGGUUUAAGAUUUGUAUGUUUUUUUUGUUCUUUUCUUUUCUGUUCUAUUGAUUUUAUGACUGAGUUGGAUUCUGUGUUUUCUUGUCACUGGAAUUAUUAUGAAAGGUUGCAUAGAUGGAGAAUGACUUGAGGGGAUGCUUGUUUGGGAGGAUUUCUUUUGAAAAGUAUUGCACUGAGAGAAUUUUAUAUCUACUUUUUGAAGCAAAUUCAAAAUUU